UGCCACCGGACUGCUGUAAUGGAAAUCCUAGGAUCUGACCCCCAGGAUCCCCAGAUAAUUCAAGCUUCUGGGACUGGAAGAGGAACAGCUUCCUAUCCUGAACCCUGGAACCUGCUACCUUAUCCCUUAAUGCAGAACUGACCCUCCAGACUCCCACAUGCUUAAACACACGAUCACACAGAACUCCAUGUCAAGGUCAUGGCUGCUGGGAAUCCAGCAAAAAGUAUCCAGGAUGAACUGACCUGUUCCAUCUGUUUGGACUAUUUUAAAGAUCCAGUGUCUUUAGACUGUGAUCACAAUUUCUGCCGAGCCUGCAUCACCCAGUGCUGGGAGGGAUUCACUACUGAGAUCUCCUGCCCUCAGUGCAGAGAGAUCUUUCCCCAGAGGAACCUCCGGCUGAACAGGCAGCUCCGGAAUAUUGUGGAAGCAGCCAGAGAACUCAGGUUGUCCUCAGGGAGGGAACCAGAACCAGAGAGACUGUGUGAGAAACACAAGGAGUCUCUAAAACUGUUCUGCAAAGAGGACGAAAUCCCCAUCUGCCUGGUGUGUGACAGAUCCAAGCAGCACAGAGAUCACACCGUGAUUCCUGCAGAGGAAGCUGCCGAAGAAUUCAAGGAAAAGAUUCAGGCCCAUAUGAAGACGCUGAGGGAAGAGAGAGAAAAGCUCCUGGGAUUUCAAGUGAGAGAAGAGAAGAGAAGCCAGGAAUAUCUGAGAAAUAUACAAACCGAGAGGCAGAAGAUUGUGUCUGAAUUUCAGCAACUGUGGCAGUUCCUGGAGGAACAAGAGCGACUCCUGCUGGCCCAGUUGGAGAAGCUGGACAAGGAGAUAGUGAAGAUACAGAAUGAAAAUGUCAGGAAAAGAUCUGAGGAAAUUUCCCGUCUCAAUAACGUGAUCAGUGAGAUGGAGGGGAAGUGUGAGAAGCCAGUGACAGAACUGUUGCAGGAUGUCAGAAGCACCUUCAGCAGGUCUGGGAAGGGGAAGUUCCAGCAGCCAGAGGAGAUUUCUCCUAAGUUAGAAUUAAGGCUCAGUGAUUUCUCCCAGAAAACUGUUGCUCUAAUGGAGACUCUCAGGAAGUUCAAAGACACUCUGCCGUCUGCACUAGAGACAAAAAGAGGAGGAUCCCUAGAAACAUUCAGACAGGCAAAUGUGACUCUGGAUCCAGACACGGCUCAUCCCCAACUCAUCCUGUCUGAGAAUCAGAAAAGUGUGAGAUACGGAGACACACGGCAGCGACUGCCCAACAACCCUGAGAGAUUUGACACUGCAUGCUGUGUGCUGGGCUGUGCGGGAUUCACCUCAGGGAGACAUUGCUGGGAGGUGGAGGUGGGGGCUGGGCUAUUCUGGGCUGUGGGGGUGGCCAGAGAGUCUGUGAGGAGAAAGGGACGGAUCAGCCUUAGCACUGAGUGGGGGAUCUGGGCUGUGGAGCGGUUGAGGGGUCAGGUCCAGGCUCUCACCUCCCCUGUAACCCCCCUGUCCCUGAGCCGGGUCCCCAGCAGGAUCCGGGUUUGUCUGGACUGUGACCAGGGGCAGGUGACAUUUAUCAAUGCUGGUGACGAGGCCCCGAUCUUCACAUUCCUGCCAGGCUCCGUCUCUGGGGGGAGAAUCCGCCCCUGGCUCUGCAUGGGGCGUGGAGCCUGGCUCAGACUGUGUCCCUGAGACACAGCAGAGCGGGGCACCGGAAAUCAGCCUCUCUAACCUCAUGGACCCAAGUCUCUAUGAUCUUGGAGAACUUACAUUGACCCAGCCCCUGGGACCUCAUCUCUAUGGCUGCUGGAACUCCUCCCCCUCCCUCUCUGCAGCCCCAGGGAUGGGAGAGGGAAGAACCCCUGGGGCUGCAGAGGGGCCAUGAGGGGCUGAUGUGGGGGCUGGGCAGGGG